AUGACGGAACGCCCCUCUCCUCCGACCAGCUCGUACUUGGAGCCCCCGAGGCAGAGCGUGGAGCUCGAGGACCCAGGGGCCCCUGACCAUGCCUCCGAUAGCGACGAAGAGCAUUUCUCAGAUGCCAGCGAAGGCAACUCGCGUUCUCGCUCCCGCGCAACGUCUCGUGCUUCUCCUGUACCCCGGACCCGGGUGGAGAAAGUGGACGAUGUCCCUUCACACGGUGACGUCCCAGGGACAAGCGCAUAUGAGAAAAGGGAGCAAGAUGCUGUUCCUGAUGAGGUUGAGGUGAUCUCACGCAGCAGAAGCCCUUCCGCUGCGGGGCAGCAUCGCCGGUCUGUAACCCCGGGGGGUACACCAAUUCCCCGGACCGUGGUGGAAAAGGUUGACCCAGGUCAACCAAGUUACGGUGAUGUUCCUGGGACGGAGGCGUAUGAAAAACGGAAAGCGGACGCUGUUCCAGAUAUAGUCACGAAGACCUCCGAAGCCACAAGCCCGUCGGUAGCUCCCACGAAGUUCAACGAGGCCAACACCACGACGACUCCUGUACCGGAAACGCUACUUUCUGAAGUUGGUGACGUACCAGAUGAUGGGUCAAUACACUCCGGUCCACGUGCUCAUCGAAGACGGCCGAGCGACACUUUGCCGGAUGCAACAGAGACAGUCUCGGACUCACCCGAUCUUCUGCCUCACUCAAACAGCUCCUCGCAUCCGAAUCACACUGGACAAAACACAACAUUAAAUGAGGAAGAUUCUGCUGAAACCGUAGGCGGUGAUGACUUCGACGACUUCGAGGAGGGGGGUGAUGAUGACUUUGGCGACUUCGACGACGGUUUCCAAGAGCCAGAUGCAGACCUCGACGAACCUGAUCCCGCCUCGUUACAGUCCUCCCAGAAAACGACGCCGCCUUUUGUCCCUCCUCUAAUAGACUUCGAAUCUAUACUAUCUUUGCCUGACCUACUCACCCGUCUGGACGGGACCCUUGACCGACUUUUUCCUGCAUCUAAAGCUGCGCUAUCCAGGCAGUCGGACUUACAACCUAUCCCGAACUCGUCUGCCAUCUUCAGCACUGAACGCUCACUCUCAUUAUGGUCUCAGCUUGUUGCUCCACCCCCGCUUCAACCUCAGAAUUGGGUCAAGUCCCGGAUUCGUCGCCUUUUCCUCGUCUCCCUGGGUGUCCCCGUGGACCUAGACGAAAUCCUACCUGCAUCAAAACAAAAAAAGCUCAUUCUCCCAUCCAUUCACAUUGACGGAUCUAAAUCGACUGCCGCGGGCCCAUUGUCCCGCUCGCAAAGCCUUGCUAGGAAAGACUCACAAAGCAGGCCUAACAGCCCACGUGCAUCCAGCACCGCGACUCGGCAGCGGUCAUCCAGACGGCGCGAGCCGUCACCACCACCAGAGCUCGACCUCGCGGCGGUACGGCGACUUUGCGCGACCACCGACGCCGCACUAGACGGCCUCACCGACACUGAGCUACAAACCCAUGUCAAAGAGCUUGAGCAGCUCACGCUGCGCGCUUCCGCUGUACUCGAAUUUUGGCUAAAACGCCGCGAUGGUCUCUUAAGCGAAAAGGAGGCUUUCGAGGGCGUGAUAGAGAAUCUAGUAAAUCAUGCCCGGCGUGUACGGAAAUGAUGAAAAGGAACGAAGUGAAAGAACGACAUCUUUAUACCAUAAGUGUUUAAUCAUCUAUUCAUCCAGCCCCUU